AUUUGAUCAAAACCUCAAAAUGACGCGCUACUACACGUACUACACAGGGAACGACGCCAACGAAGACAGCGCGGACGUGUUCGAGGAGUAUGAUCCGACGCCAUACGAGGGCGGGUACGAUAUGGCACUGACCUACGGCCGCCCUGUGGCCCCAUCUGAGAGGACGUGCUACCGUCACUCCUCGGGAGAGGACCCCGAGGAGGACUAUGAUCAGCCAGAGUUCUCAUCGUACCAGGAGCCGUCCGCGUACGACGAGGAGGCCGUGAAAGAGGAGUAUAGUAGCUACGCCCGGCCUUCGCAAGAGGGAGAUCAAUACAAUAUUCGGAGGCAGGGCCGCGGCGAAGGGAGGAGAAGCGAUUCUUAUGACGAUGAGGAGCCCACUCCGGCAGGAGAAGGGGGAUAUGGUCGCAAGAAAUACGCUACCUCGCCUGGAGGCACUAGAUCAUCUUGGUGGCCCGGAUGUUGCACCAGCGAACAAGCAAUUCAGUGACCGACGUAUAUGAUUCUCCGGAGCAUUCUGUUCUUUUUUUAUUUUUUUUACGAAAUAAUAUUUUAAACUAUUAUAAUGUAUGGGGAGUGAAAUCGAAUUUAAGUUCAAAGGUGGAGACACUAUUUUGGUUAA